CUCUGGCCAUGGAAAGCACAUCUUAUCAUGCAACUUAAAUGAUCAAUGCCGUAGUGAUCAUCGAGAUUUGCGUUUGACAUUUCCAGUAAUUUUCUUGCCAUAUAAAGACGGGAAUAGCUAAUUAAACAUGGGUAAUGAAAGUUCGCUGCCAAUGGAGUUAUGCUCGAACUUCGACGCCGAUGAACUAAGGAGGCUUGGUAAACGUUUUCGGAAAUUGGAUCUUGACAAUAGCGGUGCUUUGAGCAUAGAUGAAUUUAUGACGCUACCGGAACUACAACAAAAUCCUUUGGUCCAACGUGUAAUCGAAAUUUUCGAUGCUGAUGGUAAUGGCGAAGUAGAUUUCAAAGAAUUCAUACAAGGUGUCUCGCAAUUUAGCGUCAAGGGUGAUAAAGAAAGUAAAUUAAGAUUCGCAUUUCGAAUCUAUGACAUGGACAAUGACGGGUACAUAAGCAACGGUGAGUUGUUCCAAGUCUUAAAAAUGAUGGUUGGCAAUAAUUUGAAGGAUACACAACUCCAGCAAAUUGUAGAUAAGACAAUUUUGUUCGCCGACAAAGAUGAAGAUGGAAAAAUCAGCUUCGAGGAGUUUUGUUCGGUUGUUGGUAAUACCGACAUUCACAAGAAGAUGGUUGUCGAUGUCUAAUGAAUCAAAAAUUUCUAUAAACAAGAAAAAGAAAGAGCAUGUUUAAAGCGUAAACAGAAGACCAUGCCGGUCCAUCUUGCAACACUGCGCGAUCUUGUAGCUCAUCGGCACAGUGUAUAAGAGAAUUAUUUACGAGUCACAUGAUUAUAAGAGUCUACUAAUACAUUAUUUAUCUCUUAUAUCUAUUUAAAUUGAUAAGCUUUAUUGAGGCAGGAUCUCUUAUUGCUAUACUCGUUCUGCGCAACUCAUAAGUCGAAUUAACUGAAAAAUUUAUUCGAAUCACGUUAAUAUUAUCGAUCUUAUCUAUUUCUUUUCAACGUUUAUAUCAACAAUUUAUCUGGAUUCCCACGAAACUCAUCAAACUAUUCACAUAUUGAAUCAAACCUAUUAUUUUUUGCAUACAAAAAAGUUUUUACUGCGUUUAAAGUGUUGUUUUAUAAAUUAGCUAAGAAAAAAUUAGACUAAUGGGUAGUUUUCGUGUCUGAAUGAAUCUAAAAAAAAAAUAACAAAUGUUCACAAGUUGUCGGUCAACACUCACAUUGGAUGUCUACCAAUAUCAUAUUGAGGGUAAAGGCAUAUUAGACAGCUUCAUAUCUGAAAGUUGUACUAAAUUUGUAUAAGAAUAUGAGUCAAUCCAGAUCAAAUCACACACCUUUUAGACAUUCAUAUUUCGACCUAAAUAUUUUUUUUACAUAUUCUGUGAAAUCAAGAACCAACACACAUAUUCUUGUGGGAAAAUUUGCGUAUCGUACUUGAAUUUUAUGGAGUUGACGAAUUCUUCUUAGAUUCUGAGUACGCGCUUUUACUUACAUGGUUAUAUUUUGAAAUGUAAAGGAAUUCAUUGAUUCCGUAAAAUAUCAAAUAUCGCUUCCAAAUUUUUCAACAAAUAUAAGUGCCUCAUUUUAUUUAUCCACAGAAUGCAUAAGAAAAAAUUCAGCCAGUUGAAAUUUUCUCAAUGUCAAUUUUACCUCAAUGUGUUCGAUUUAACCUUGAUUAACUCAUGCAAUUUUAUAAUAGUACUUUCUUAUGUAUAGAAAAGUUCAUAUUAUUUCAGUGGUGUUAUCAGGAAUUAUUCUUAUUGUACUACUUGCUACAGAUGUUAUAUUAAAUCUUUAAGAGUUUUAUUUAUUAAUUAUCUUUUAGUCAAGUGCCAUUCAUAUUAAUAUUAUAAUUGUAUAGCUGGCGAUGGACUUGACAUAAGCCGGCUGAAAUAGUAAUCCAAACCAUUAUAACUCUUUAAUUUGUUACCAUUUUUCCCUUGUUAAAGUAAGUUACUGCAGGGGUUACGAUUUCUUUAUGAUACAGAAAUUGACAUUCGUUAAACCAUUUUUGAAUAUUUCACAGUACCACUUACUUCAAUUACACUUUUCGCUGUUACAUAAAUAAAGAUUUAAAAAAACCUU